AACUCUCAACAAUAAAAGAGGAUAAGAAAAACAAGGACAUGCAAGGAGAAGUAGUAGUAGUAAUGGAAGAAGAAGCAGAAGAAGAAGAUCGAAUCAUCUUUUUAAAUCUAGGUUCCAAAUCGUACAAAGAUGGCCCUUAAAGGUUCUAAAACCAGUCUCUAAGCACAUGACCUCUUCUUCACUGUCCAUCCUUGAUUCCUUCUCAGAACCCGGAAUUAGCUUUUCUCCUUUGUUCUUUGCAAGAAGUUACCAUCCCUUUGCUUUAUCUUCUACUUUUCCUUUUCCUCUCCCGAACCUCUACUUUAUUCCCCUCCACACCCUCCCCUCGAAUUCAGCUCUAAAAAGAAGGUGAUCCCCCCACUCGAUCCACCUUGUGUUCACAAACAACACAUCCUCUCUGAUCUCUUUCUUUCUUCCCCCCACCAUCACUUCAACUCAAUCCCCUCCUCUUACACCAUCCAUCUUCCUCCUUUCUUCAUUCUAUAUCUCUUUGGAACAUGAACAUUGAACCUUUAUAGAAUAGAAUUAGAUUCAAUAGAAGAGAAAUUUUAUCAAGAAUAUCAAACAUAGAGAAGAUGGGUUCUCCUGCGGAUCUAAGCCUAGAUUGCAAACCCCAUAGCUACUCUAUGGUAGUAAAGUCAUUUGGAGAUCAAACUGACCAAACCCAGAAGUUGGAAGACUUUCUAGCUUGUCUUGAAGAAGAAAGGCUCAAGAUUGAUGCAUUCAAGCGUGAACUACCUCUCUGCAUGCAACUUCUCACCAAUGCUAUGGAGGCAUAUAGGCAACAGCUACAGACCUUUAGGACUAACCAAGGGCCAAGACCAGUUCUUGAAGAGUUCAUACCCAUUAAGAACUCAAGCUCUGAAGGAUCAGAUAAGUUAUCAUCGAACGUAUCAGAGAAGGCGAAUUGGAUGACGACGGCACAGUUGUGGAGUCAAUCAAAUGAUGGAAGCAAGCAACAGGGGGCUACAACAGUAGUAUUAGCAACACAAGCUCCAAAUGAAAUCGAUCAUGGUGGCCUUGCAAUGAGUCCCAAAUUAGGUUUGGACAAUAAAGGAAGGAAUGGAGGAGGAGGUGGUGGAGCUUUUCUUCCUUUUUCUAAAGAUAGGAACACAUGUACUAGUCCUACUCCUUUAAGGGUUCUUCCGGAAUUAGCUCUUGCUGCAACAACCGAGAAAGAGAUGGAGGAUAAGAAAUGUAGUGAACCUGAUAAUGGUGUGUCUUGCUCUUCAAGGAGAGAGAAUCCUAGUAAGGGUGGUGCUGGAUCAGUUAUAACGGAACAACCAAAGGGAGCUGCAAAUUCUGCUGAAGGACAAGCAACAACCACAACACAGACUAAUAGGAAAGCAAGGAGGUGUUGGUCGCCGGAGUUGCACCGGCGCUUUGUAAAUGCCCUUCAAAUCCUUGGUGGCUCUCAAGUUGCCACACCAAAGCAAAUCAGAGAGUUGAUGAAGGUUGAUGGUCUCACUAACGAUGAAGUUAAGAGCCAUUUACAGAAAUAUAGGCUGCACACAAGGAGGCCAAGUCCAAGUACACAAGCGGCAGGAGCACCAGCACCGCAGCUGGUGGUGUUAGGAGGGAUUUGGGUCCCGCCGGAGUACGCAACGGCAGCGGCUGCCCACGGCGCUGGACAAGCAAUCUAUGGUGCCCACCCUGGUUCACAUGCUUCCACCCAUUACUGUUCUCCCGCUGUACCCCAGGACUUCUAUCCUCCACCACCACCUCACCAUGCUCAGUUGCACCACCAUACCCUCCAACCUUACCAACAACACAUCUACAAGGCAACAUCUCAGACACAUGGCUCGCCGGAGUCCGACGGGAGACCGGUUGGAGAUGGUUCUGAGAGUAUCGAAGAUGACAAGUCAGAGAGUAGUAGCUGGAACAAAGGUGACAGUGGUAAUCAGAAUGGUGGUGGUGGUGGAGGGGAGAGAGAAAGGGAGAGGGAGAGGGAAAGGAAGGGUUUGGCUUCCCUUAGAGAUGAUGGAGAGGAGAGCAAUGGUAGUGAGAUCACUCUCAAGUUCUAAUCUUCAUUUCCUUUGUUUUUAUUUUUUUUAAAUUUUGUCUUCUUUUCCCUUGGACUUUUGGGGACUCUCAAUCUCACUGAGCCUGAGGGCAGAAAUAGGAAAAGUGAGUGUUUGUUUGUUGGCAAAACUUUUAUUUUCCAUCUUUUGGUAGUCUGAUAUCCUGACAAGCAGUGUUCGUUGUAAGAUGGGGAAAAUUGAAGUUUGGAUUUUGUGGGUCUUGGCGUUUUUUUAGGGUUUUUGUCCUCUUUCUUUGCUAGGUAGGCAUUGAAUGACGAUUUUACCCUCUGUUUCAUUCCUAAUUAAUAACCGAAAUUGGUCAUUUGGAAUA